GCUGCUGCUAUUAUACCUCUUACUGGGCUUGCUAUUAUAAAAUAUGCUAAUACUCAUCUCAUAAAGUCUCCUAUGUAUACUGGAAAGCAAACCGGUGAAGAAUGGGUCCAGGAGAUUCUACAUGGUCAUCCAGUCCGGUUCUUUGACUCUAUGGGCAUGUCCCAGCUUGUUUUUACUAAACUGAAGCAAGAGCUUCAAAUGUAUUCAAGCUUUGGGUCUACAAAAAACAUGUCCAUGGAUGAACAACUAGCAAUUUUUAUCUAUAUU